AUGGCGAAGCUCUAUUUACGAAGAGGCAUUGACAACACGAGGCAUAGACUUAACGGGAGCGCGCGAACGACAGUUUUAAAACGAUGUUCUACAUUUUGUACCCAACUGUACACCGGCACCGAGGUAUUUAAUGGCGGGAAAUGUGGAUUUAAAUUGAUUCGCUUCCCUUCGGCAGAUGUCUCCGGAGUUUUAUCCAGUGAAAGUAUAUCACCAUUAGCUUCAGAGGAACAAACGAUAGAUAAAGCAGAUAAUUUUAUUUUUACACGCAUUAUUGACACCAAGCAGAACAACAAUAUGGAUGAAUUGAUGGAACUACUGACAGAAGGUGUUGUACUCGACGACUCAUAUAUAUUCGAACAACCAGAAGAAAGUAUGGAAUGGGUAAAAAUUAAAAUACCCAAAAAUAAACAUUGUAUAAACGAAAUAUACAAAUGA